CGGACUUCGCUUGCUUGUGCACCUCCUUUGCAACUAUGACUGACAAACCUGAUAUGGCUGAGAUUGAGAAAUUUGGUAAGUCGAAACUGAAGAAGACAGAAACGCAAGAGAAAAAUCCACUGCCUUCAAAAGAAACGAUUGAACAGGAGAAGCAAGCAGGCAAAUCGUAAUGAGGCAUGCGCCACCAGUAUGCACUGCACAUUCCACAAGCAUUGCCUUCUUAUUUUACUUCUUUUAGCUGUUUAACUCUGUAAGAUGCAGGGAGGUUGGAUCAAGUUUAAAUGACUGUGCUGCCCCUUGCCACAUUGAGAACUACUGACAAACAAAGCCGCCUACCUCUCCCAUCUGCUUGUCUGACUGGCAGCAAAGGAAAAGAACUUGCAUGUUGGUGAAGGAAGAAGCUGGGUGGGAGGACCAGAGAAAUCUAAAAACCAAGCUGGUUCAAGG